GACUAACUAUUGAAUUUUCUCUAUUCUUAAUUUGUAUUACUACAAUUUGUGUUCGCAUUUUGGAAUAAUCAUAAAUUAUUUCUGUCCUAAAAAGAUAAAUAUUUUUUAUCGUGCUGUGAUAUAAAUACUUAAAAUGGCUCUAAAAGCUCUUGUGGGUCAAAAGAUUAUGAAUGAAGUGAUUCGCUAUAGGCCAAAGGGAAAAGAUAAUCAAAAGGUUGAAUGGAGGAUCCUAAUUGUGGACCAAUUGUCAAUGAGGAUGGUGUCGGCAUGCUGUAAAAUGCAUGACAUUUCUGCUGAAGGAAUUACUUUGGUAGAAGACAUUCACAAGAAGAGAGAACCCCUGUACACUAUGGAUGGCAUUUACUUGAUAACUCCUUCUGAGAAGUCUGUGCAUGCUCUGAUAAAUGACUUCUCUAUUGGAAAUCGUAUUAUGUACAAGGCUGCUCAUGUGUUCUUUACUGAAGUGUGUCCUGAGGAAUUGUUCAACGAACUUUGCAAGUCCACAGCAGCCAGAAAAAUUAAAACAUUGAAGGAAAUUAACAUUGCUUUCCUACCAUAUGAGAGCCAGGUAUUCUCAUUGGAUUCUCCGGAGACUUUCCAAUGCAUGUACAACCCAGCGUUGACGCAGACUCGUAAUGCGAACAUGGAGCGAAUUGCAGAACAAAUUGCUACUCUGUGCGCCACUCUUGGAGAGUACCCAUCAGUACGCUAUCGCAGUGACUGGGAACGUAAUGUGGAGCUUGCUCAACUCAUUCAACAGAAACUUGACGCGUACAAGGCUGAUGAGCCAACAAUGGGUGAAGGACCAGAAAAGGCCCGGUCCCAACUAUUAGUAUUGGACCGCGGCUUUGACUGUGUAUCUCCUUUGUUGCAUGAGCUCACCCUUCAGGCUAUGGCUUAUGAUCUAUUGCCCAUCGAGAACGACGUGUACAGGUAUGAAGCUUCCGCGGGUUCGAUGAAGGAAGUACUCUUAGAUGAAAACGAUGAACUUUGGGUGGAACUUCGUCAUCAGCAUAUCGCCGUGGUCUCAACCUCAGUCACCAAGAACUUGAAGAAAUUCACAGAGUCAAAGCGAAUGGGCGGAGGUGACAAACAAUCAAUGAGGGAUCUAUCGCUUAUGAUAAAGAAGAUGCCACAGUACCAAAAGGAGCUAUCGAAAUACGCGACUCAUCUGCGGUUGGCCGAAGACUGCAUGAAGGUUUACCAAGGCUACGUUGACAAGUUGUGCAAAGUUGAACAGGAUCUUGCCAUGGGAACUGAUGCCGAGGGUGAAAAGAUAAAGGAUCACAUGAGAAGCAUUGUUCCAGUGCUUCUGGAUCAGGCUGUGAAAAACUACGACAAGAUGCGUAUAAUCGCUCUAUACAUAAUGUCGAAGAAUGGUAUCUCUGAAGACAAUUUGAACAAACUGGUGACUCACGCUCAACUGGAACCUUCGGACAAGCAAGCCCUUCUCAAUUUGGCUAACCUUGGACUGAAUGUGGUUGUUGAUGGCAAUAGAAAGAAGCAGUACCAAGUUCCUCGCAAGGAGAGGAUUACUGAACAGACUUACCAGAUGUCGCGAUGGACUCCAGUUCUUAAGGACAUUAUGGAAGACGCUAUCGAUGACAAAUUGGACCAACGUCACUUCCCGUUCCUCGCUGGACGUGCUCAGACCUCGGGAUAUCAAGCACCUACCAGUGUACGCUACGGUCAUUGGCACAAGGACAAAGCGCAGCAGACAGUCAAAAAUGUACCGAGACUUAUCGUUUUUGUUGUUGGAGGUGUUUGUUUCUCAGAGGUGCGUGCCGCCUAUGAAGUGACUGCCGCUCUCAAGAACUGGGAGGUCAUCAUCGGAUCCUCUCACCUCCUUACACCCGACAACUUCCUCUCAGACCUCAGCUCUCUCACUGCUUAAAUUAACCGGAUCAGUUUUGUUUGGUAAAUUAUUUUUAUUUCAUAUAAAAUUCAAUACGACUUUGAAUUCCAUUUAAGUCAAUAUUACCUGAACGUCCAUUGAAAUAAUUUCAUGACAGCUUUAGCUUAUAAAUCAUUCAAGAUGGCUUCAAAUUUAAUAUGGAAAGGUAUGUAUUUGUUUAAUUUUAAUACUAUAAAAGGAAGCAUCUCCGUUCAUGAACAUUUGACGGUUUUGUUAGUUGUGUCAUCAAGACUACAUUCUACAUUGAUAUAUAAAACGUUUUGAAAACUAUUGUUGUCAUUAUCAAAAAAUUUAGGGGCUGCAAAUUAAGAUGAAGUCAUAAAUAUGACAGAAGAUAAAUGUGAUCGCUUCUAUAUUUAAACUUAUCAAUUGCUUUGUAUAGAUUUCGUAGUAAAAAAGAGCCUAACAUUAAUGUAGAGUAUAAUGUGCUUGAAUAAUUACCAAAAAGUUUACUAAGUAAGCAUAAUUUUGACAACCAUUGUCGAUUUCCUAAUUUCACAUUAUCUAUGGAAUAGAUAAUCAUUGUUUUACAUUUAGAUUUUAUUAUUGUUGCCGUUACUUAAAUUUUAUUACGUUUCGUCAAAAGUAUUAGUAUAUGGUUCGUAUACCUUAUUUUAUCUUAAUUUAUUAUGAUUAUAAUAUAUAAUAGAUGGUUGCGUGUUUAAAUAAAACGCAUUAAAUAAUUAAGUGUUGUACGUGUGACAUAAUAAUAUUUCCUGUUAGUAGAAAUAAAAUACAAAUAACAAUUAAGUCCUUAUCGCAUAUUUCGAAAUAUCACUUAGAUUUUAAAUACAUUUAAUGUCAUAAAGGGUAUAUACCUAUUUGUAAUUGAGUUUGUAUUUGUAUU